AUGUCUGACGUUCAGAGACGUCGAUCUUCCGGCUAUCUGGAGAAAGAAUGGGCUGACAUCGAUGUAUCUACUUUCUUACCUAAUGAGGACUUUCCAGAAAGAUAUCGGGAAAGGAAAAUGAAAACAAUCCACGAAGCAAUUGAGGCGUGUGAUUUAGGCAGAAUUGCUGAAUUGGCUAGAUCGUCUGAGGGGUUGGUGGCAUCUGACUUACGAGUGAAAGCAUGGCCCUUGCUUUUGAAUGUUUUCACUGCGAACUCUAAUUCAAAACAAAAGGUGGAUUCCAUAGGUGCAUCUGCUGAUGCCCUCGACUUUCAUGACUUGGAGCCUCACAAAGAUGAAGGUCAAGUGUUGCUCGAUAUUAAACGACUGUUUACAGUGAUGCUGCAUUUCAUUUCUUUCAGUCAUGCAGUCAGUUCAUCUUAUACAACAAUCCUUUCUAAAGAUGACAUUGAAGAAAUGAGAAAAAGACUCUUCUGUCUCAUUGUCCGGGUUUUACGGAAAUACCCGUGUCUCAACUAUUAUCAGGGGUAUCAUGAUAUUGCAACGGUUAUCCUCCUCGUAUGCAAUGAUUCUGCAGCCGGUAAUGAUGAUUUAGCAGCAAUGCUUUUGGAAAAGCUCACUGUUGAACAUCUAAGAGACUACAUGAUCUCCGAUAUCGGGCUCUCUGUUAACCACUUGAAAAUAAUCCCAUGCAUCAUUGAACGUGAAGAUACUCUUUUGUUUCAACUCAUUCGUCAAACUAGUAAUUCUCAUUUGGCUACUAAUGGAUUUUACUUUGACUAUGAAUUUCUUCAGGCACUUCUGUCUAUUCUCACCAUCUUUAGCCACGAUGUCACCAAUUUCUCUCACCUCUUGAUGAUUUGGGACUUUGUUUUCAGUUACCGUUCGGUAGCUGUUUCUGCUUUCAUUUAUGCUGCUAUCACACUUCAUUUCAAGGAUGUACUAUUAGAGGAGCUCUGUGUAUCAAGCAUUGAAGACCUUGCAUCAGUUGACCCUGAUUGUGUUCAUUCACUCUUGUCACCAACAAGCUUAUUUUCAAGGAUCACAGAUUCCAAUUUGGGAGAUAUUUUGUCUUUCACAAAGCAACUAAUCGAUGAACAUCUGCUAACGGGUAUUUCAACUCCUGAUACUAUAGGUGUCUGGUUCGGAGAAUUCAACAAGCAUUCCGUCCUUUGUACUUCAUCGAAACUCGGUACCAUAUUCUCCAGCGAAUACGAUAUGGGCGAUGAACGUGUUGCAUCCAUUGAGCCCGGACACCUAGAUAACAACGAAGAUCUAUCCCCGAUAAUAACGCUUCAGGAACACGAACAAGAGCAAGAAACAGCUCACAAGGCGUCCUUAAUGACUAUGGCCCUCGAACAAGAUUCCCUUGCGACCUCAAUUACUUCACUCGACAAUGAGAAUGAGUUCUCAUCGGGCAAUCUGCUAUCUUCCUCAAUUUCUAGCAUCUCAGGAGCCCCUUCUGCCCUCAAAAGGGAAAUUAUACAGACAUCAUCUAUGAUAUUGAAAAAUCUACUACCCCAACACCGGCCUGAUGAUGCUGCAGAUCCUCGCGAUUCAAGGAGGAGAAAUUCCUUAAUUGUGGGUAGCAUUUACAAAGUUAGCUUAACUGUUGGAUUCUGUGGCUUCCUAUUACACUUUUUGCUUAAGGAAAGCCAUUGGUAUAAAUCUAGUAUGUCUCAUCUUGCUACAAGAACUUUCAGUACAUUCGGAGCAGAUUUGGCAAUGCUUAAGCGGGAUGUCGGUCAUGGUAUUUCUAGAGUUGUGGGUAAUGUCUUUUCGUUUUUGGAUGACACAAGUAUUUUCCACUCUGGAUUGGAUAUUACACAAGUUGGCUUAGGAACGCUACGAGAUUCUGUGUACGCCUUCGGGAACUGA